GUUACAUAGCCAUUUAACACCUCUUACAUCUUCCGAAAAUGACGUCAGGUCAGUUUGCUGGAUGGAAAAUAGUGCUAACCUGAGUGAGUUGAAAGUGAAACCUGCUACACUUGAACAACAGUUUUAUCGAUUUUAUCCAAGUUCUGGCUGUUCAACUGAACGUAAAACAUAUUUGUCUUUAAUUGAUGAUGUUCUUCCGCUUUGUUAUCUGUGUUAUGUUCUUUCUCGUAUAUUUGGCGUUGAGUAAGUACAAAAUAUAAAAUGGUUUGAUGUCAUUUUAAUCUCAGGCAGUGUAAGCAUAUCACAAUGCUGUAAUUCAAUAUAUAAAUUAUUUGUAAAAAUUUGCCUAAUAAAUAAUAUUUAACACAGUUACUGUAAAACCUGUUGAAUUCGGACACACUGUAUAAAAUUCUUAAUGGCCACACCGCACCCAAGCAACCUGAGAAAUACAGAAACUGAUUUAGCACUCCAAAGCCGAAGAAGGAAUUUGGUUUCCGCUUCAAUGGUGCCGUACUUUGGAACAAUCUUCCUUAUGAGGCAAAAACCACUACAUCUAUUGUGAAACAAACGAUUUUGAAACAAACGAUGAGUAGCACUGUUUAUUACCAAAAUUUAAUACGAACACGAAUAACUUUUUACGAAAGAAAAGAACCUUUGAAACACCGCUCGCGAAAACGAAGCGGUUCGCGAAGUCGUUUAUUAUGGCAUGUAUAGCAGAAAGUAUAACAAUUGAUAAGUUAGAUAACGUUUUAAGACGCCCCAGCCAAAGAUAUCAUAGUUUUGUACAUACUAUAGUUUUAUUGAUGUCUUAAUAUGUAUUUUAAAUCACUCUUGUUAAAGUAGCGCAAUUCAGGGCCAUAGCUGUAAUGUCACUAUUUUUAAUAAAAUGUAUGUAGCUAUCAAAAGGGAAAGCGUUAUUAAGCAUAAUAUGCGAAUAAAUUCCUUCUAAUAUAUUGUGAUUUUUGAAGCGACUCAUGCGUUCUUAUAUUGUGUCCGAGAAAGCGAAACUUUUCGCUUGUAGUAACCAAUGGGUAACAAGAAGCGAAACUUCUCGCUUCCAUACAGCCAAUGGGCAACAAGAAGCGAAAUGUUUCGCUUCCAUUCCCACAACACAUAUAUAUGUAGUAACCAAUGGGUAACAAGAAGCGAAACUUCUCGCUUCCAUACAGCCAAUGGGCAACAAGAAGCGAAAUGUUUCGCUUCCAUUCCCACAACACAUAUAUAUGUACUAUUGCUGUGUUAGUAAAAGAAGCGAAACUUCUCGCUUCCAUACAGCCAAUGGGCAACAAGAAGCGAAAUUUUUCGCUUCCAUUCCCGCAACACAUAAUUGUUGUGUUAGUAAAAGAAGCGAAACUUCUCGCUUCCAAGACAAUGGGCAACAAGAAGCGAAAUGUUUCAAUAUGAACUAAAUUCCACUGUCACCAUUGUAAUCACGCGAAGAUUUAAGGUCCAUACACGCCCGACGCGAUUGGACAACGCAACGCGAUUUUUCGAUUUUCACUGAACCAUAACUUUGAUCCUAGUUUACAUUUCCCAAAUAUUUAGAAGCGCUGUAACAUUUUGAGUUAUUUUGGCUACAUAUCAUUCAAAAUUUGCCCUCGUGCAUUGGCUGUUUUAUUAACUUUCAAAAACUUAGCUUAAAAAUCGUGUCGCAUUGUCGAAUCGCGUCCGGUGUGUAAUAUGUAUGGACCUUCAAUAAUCACAAUCAAUAAUCCGCCCGGGGCCAUGCGCGGUGUCUACACGUAUACUAUAAAUAAUAUACAGAAUUGGUGUUAAAACCGUCCAAUAUCGUUUUUAUUUAUCCAAAUGACCUACUUAUGGCGACAAAAUUAAGAGACAAGUUAUGCUUUGCAUGGGCUGGCGAUUUUGAAUGUCUAAAGCGGUUUGUUAGCGAAGAUCUGCAGUUCAGAGGAACAUGCAUGGUCUCAACCUGGCGGUGACAAAAAGCUGUUUACCUUUGAUGAUUCAGUAAUAAUAUGGAGAAAGAAUAAAAACUUGUUGUAUCUUGAUGGCGAGAAAGCGAGCGAUGUUAUGAAGGAAUUAUGCAAGCAGAUAUGUAAGCAGGACGAGGACAUUUCAGUUGCUAAGCAAUCAAGCAUGCAAGAUGUUUGUGAAGCCUCGAAAAUCUUAAGCUUGGCCAAUUAAGGGAAGCCUCACAUAUCGAUUUUUUCCACGAGAAACGUCAUAUGUUCGUUUGGGGGUUGGCAGCUGUGACGUUUCUCUGUAAACAUGAUGGAAAAAAUCGAUAGUUUUUAUCUUUGCAGAAUAUAAAAAAAAACAAAAAAACAAUUUGAUACAAACAGCAGUCUACAUAUUCGUAAUACCAUACCUGUUCUAUACCUAUACAUUUAUAUUAUUACGCCUUCCUUGCAUUGAAACGGCAUGUUGUAAAAGACGGACUGGACUGGACUGGACUGGACCGGACUGGACUGGACUGGACCGGGAAAACGCGGACUGAGUCCGUGUUUUACAAAUCGCGGACUGAACAUUGAAACGGCAUGUUGUAAAACGGACUGGACUGGACUGGACCGGGAAAACGCGGACUGAGUCCGUGUUUUACAAAUCGCGGACUGAAUUUGUAAAACGCGGACUGAGUCCGUGUUUUACAAAUCGCGAACUAAGAUUGCUGCGAUUUGUAAAAGGCGGACUCAUUUACUGAAUGAACUAAGGAUGAACGGUCGCAGUAAAGUAUUGUCUAUUCUCAUGACGAAGUUCAAUGUUUUUACCGAGAAAGUUCAAUGUUUUUGAUGAUCAUUUAUGGUCAUUUGGUAGUUUCAAAGCUUGGAUCUGGUUGUUCAACGGGUUAAAAUCAGAUCAGAACUUGUCAAGUGCUCUUGACAAAUAUCGAAAAUUCUCACGCGAAUAGGCAAUGUUUUUAUCAACGACCUCACCGUUCAUCCUGCAAGCGACGGUACAUGGACUCAGUCCUGUACUGACUCAGGAAUUGCACUCAGUCGUGAGAGUUUUAGCGGGAAUUGCGGAUAUUAAUAGGUCGGUCAAGGAAUAAUCAUAUCCUGGAGCGAAGGUUGGUAAAAAUUACUAUUAUUUAUUUAUUGUUUGAAAUAAACUGAUGAACAGCGUUCAAUCUUAGGAGCACGCUCAGCCAUGUGGGACUUUGUGCCACUAAUCUAUUGUCGAGGAAACUCGUGCGUAUAUCAAGUGUGGCCGUUGCAUGUCGCACGCUCAGCCAUGUGGGACUUUGUGCCACUAAUCUAUUGUCGAGGAAACUCGUGCGUAUAUCAAGUGUGGCCGUUGCACGGUAAAUAGUUGUAUGCCUGUAUAGAUAUAGCCGCUAGCUCUUAUAGCAGAUACCAUUUAGUGUUAAUCAUAAUUAGAAGAAAAUAGAGUUAAUUCGUUUAUUCAGUUGUGUUCGUGGCGAAGAGGGCGUAUUAAAUAAAGGUGUCUACAAAUUUGCGAGAAAUAUGAAAUGAAUACUCUAAUCGAAUUUGCCUUUUAAAUAUUUGUGUUAUUAACUUUUAUUGUUGUCAUACGACGAAGUUUCUAAAAAUCGUUAUUCGAUUAUAGUAUUCAUUUCGAAUAUUUCUCGCAAAUUUAUAGACACCCUUUUACACCCGUUUUCAAAAUUACGCGACCUCCCUGAAAAAGGCAUGUAGUAAAACAUGGCCUGAAAAAUACUCUUUACUUCAAAUGUCAAUUUUAUGUCACAAAAACUGCUAAAAAUAGCAAACGUAAACAAACUGUCAAAAGACAUUUCAAACCGUAUUUAAUACCAAAACUGAACAAAAAUGAGUUAGAUACAAGCACAAUACAAACCAUCACAACAGAAAUAUGUGUCGUGAAUAACUUUUAAAGUUUGAAAAAUAACAAUUUAUCCAACCUCGUGGUUGCAAUUUAUCCUGGAAUACAGCCUAGACCUAGGCCUUCUAGUCUUAUUUAUAUUUUUAAUAUUCAGCGCUUUUUCACAGGAAAAGACUGGGACUAGGUGAUUUGGGGGCGGGGCGGAGGAAGCAAGCCUAGAAGGCCUAGCUGAUUUCCCAACAACAAGGCCAAAACUGCCCUGAAACUGCCCUGGUUGCGAAAUGCCCAUUUAUUGCGUUCUCGAACAGAAUUAUUUACAACUUAACGGCGAAUUUAAACCGAUACAGGUAAAAUAAACUCAUUUAUAGUAUAAAAUUACUAUUUUUAUUUGUAUACACAGAUCGGAAGAGCGUCGUGUAGUUUUUUAUCAUAAAGUUCGAAGCAACGCUAUUAUUUAAUAAUGUUGAGAAGGUGUAGCGAAAGCACAAAAUGAGUCAAAAUAUAUACCAAAAGUAGAAUCUUUCAUGAACUUUGUCUUAUACACAACUACAUUAAUAUAGAUUUUCUCAAUUUUGGCAAGAAGCAGUCUUGUGUUUGUAAAAUAUACAAAAUAAAACGGAUACAUAUAUUUAAUAUUAGCCCGUACAGUACUGUAUAUAAAAACGUACAUUGUUUACAAAUGGUAUAUCCGUAAUAUUUGAACAAUAAUUUCAAAAUCCUCAUUCCCAAUUCGCAAAUAUAGUUAUUCAAAGCAAAACAGUAGUCAGUAGAUUGUCUUGCGAAGAAAAGAAUUAUUAUUUUGUGCUUUCGCUACACCUUGUCAACAUAUAUAAAUAGUGUUGCUUCAAACAUUAUGAUAAAAACCCCGAUUUUCUAGACGUGUAUACAAAUAAAAAUAGUAAGUUUAUACUAUAAAUGAGUUUAUUUUACCUGUAUCGGUUUAAAUUCGCUGUUAUAAGUUGCAAAUAAUUCUGUUUGAGAACGCAACAAUUGGGCAUUUCGCAAUCAGGGCAGUUUCAGGGCAGUUUUGGCCUUGUUGUUGGGAAAUCCACUAGGCCUUCUAUUUUUUCGCUUGCGUCAGGCUUGUGUCCUUCCUCCGCCCCGCCCCCAAAUCACCUAGUCCCAGUCUUUUCAUGUGAAAAAGCGCUGAAUAUUAAAAAUAUAUAAAUAAAAAUAGAAGGCCUAGGUCUAGGCUGCCUGGAAUAUAGGUGUCAGUAUAAAACACGCGCGCGCUAGAACGGUGAUCAGGGAUGCCGGAAGUUGCUGAGGGCAAGGGGUGCAAUUGGUUAACAAAAGGGCAUACUCCAUAACAAAAGGCACCAAUGAAAAUGAAAGUGCGUCAUGAUCCAACAUUCGUGUCGACCUCCCUCCCCGUCACCAAUUUUUUCGGACCGAAUACAAUUAUUUAGGCACAAUUCCUCCGUAAUGCUUCAAUAAAAAAUCCAUAAGUAAUGCUUUCCGUUUCACCUUUCGCCAAAUGGAUAACAACUUUGCCGAAUUCCUGACGACUGCGGGGUGGAACACCCCCACACACAGCCUCAAGCGACGUUUAAUUCUGUCUGCUGUAAAAGUUUUGUGCACCCGAUACACCCAUUGAGUCUGCACCCGCACUGCACCCACAAAGUUGAAAAGGCAAGGGGUGCACUUGCACCCGCUGCACCCGUGGUUCCGGCUCCCUGACGGUGAUGUUAUGAUUUUGUUUGUGCUUAAAUUUUGCAAUAAUUCCCACUAAAAAGUAUCUUGAAGUCAUUGUAAGCCUGUUUAUAUAAAGCAUACAAAGUAUAUACAUCGGACAAGGAACUGCAAAACUCAAAGUUUAAACUUCGUGUAGUUCGUGACCGAAUGACAUAAAACUGACAUGUCAACUCUAGCAUUUUCGUCCUUGAUCGCGUAAUUUUGAAAACGGGUGAAAACGUUUGAAAACUCUUCGCCACGAGCGCAAAAUAAACAAAUUAACUCUAUUUUAAGUCUAAUUAUGAGUAACACUAAAUGGUAUCUGCUAUAAGAGCUAUAAUAUCCAGGAGCGAAACUAGCCCCUUUUAAUUCGGGGGGUGUCUGCCAAUUCCUGUUAAAACAUGGCUUAAACCCUUGUUUUUGGCAAUAUAAAUUCUAUAAAUUCCCUCAACCUCGUACCCAGGGCUUCUGCGCUUAUUGCUCUCAGAAGCCCUGGGAUAAUCCAACUCAGAACGUGAUUUGAUUGGUCAAUGCGAAUUUUGGCAACAUGGCUGCUAUCACAGGGAGUGUAUACAAAAGUUAAAUGCUGGUUUUUGCAUGAAAAUACUUCCUUAAAUCAAAUUCUGGGCUAUUUUGAAAAGAGCAAAAGAAGAAAUGGACUAUUUGUAUUUGUAAAUAAGCAAGAAUGGCGAACAGAGUAAAAAAAUUAACAUAAUAAAGCGAAACAUUUCUCGUUCGAAAAUUGAAAUUUCAAUUAUAAAUCUACAACUUCAACCACGAUAUUCAAUGUAAAUAUUACAUAAUAAAGUUUUUAAUACCUUUUUUACCUUUAUUUGAUAAAUUGCGUGUUCUACAUUAUUGCAUUUUGUAUUGGAGUAGGAUAAAUUAUGAAUUAUACACAAAUAUUUAAAUUUACAAAUUAUUCCCAAUUUGAGGAUGCUGGGUGCACUGGCUCAGAGUUUGUAUUAGUGCCUAUUUAUUAUUGAUUAUUAGUGCCUCUAAAUCUCUAAUGUACAAACAUUGUAAUCUGUCACUUAAUACCAUAAAGAAACUGUUGAUAGCACAUAUAUUAAAUGACUAUUAAUCAAAAUGAACUAAAUUUCGACCAUUAUAUACUUAGCAUAUUUCCCCCAAUAUUGAGGGAAUAAUUUCUCCUAUUUAUUUUUAUAAUAAGCCAAUAUUGCUCAACUGUGAAGUCAAUAUUGCCCGACUGGCCUAGUCUGCCCAACAAUUGAGCCCCGCCCUGUACGCCUAUGACCAGGCCUACAGGUGGACCCCCAACAUGAUUGGUCACAAUUUUUAUUUCUCCAAAAUUUCCCCUCCCCAUGUACAAGGAUUGACAGUUUGAUUAGAUUGAAAAAAAAAACACAGUUAUAUUGGGUCAUUCCAGAAAACACCCAUACCACUCCCACAGAGGAAAUUGAAAGUUAAUCCCUCAUACCCCUUUGGAUGUCCUAAUACAUUUAUUAUUAUCAGAAACAAUUUUUCCCCCCUCCCCCUCUGAACGGCAGAAAUUUCCUCUGUGGGGGGAGUGUGGAUAUUUUCUGGAACGACCUAUUUGAGAAAUGCUUUUGCACAAAUUUUAAAUUUUCUUACAAUUUUCUUGUAUGUCAGAACACUGUUCUAAGUUGCAACUAAAAUUCAGAGGUCUAAAAGGCUCAAGUCAAUUCCAGUGGUGUAACCAGAGGGGGGGGGGGGGGUCAAAAUAUUUUAAAUGUUCUGAACUUGUUUGUAAUUAAUUAGAGUUGAACAUGUGUUAACUGCAAGGUUAUUUCAAAUCACCAAAACACAUUAAAAUAGCCCCCCAAAAUGGCACUUUAUUAACUAGAAUUUAAAAAGUCUACAUUGUACUAUAUUAUACAUGGAUAGCUUGGGAGUCCAAAUAUAUUUUUACAUACUAACAAACUUUAUUCAAACUAGUGCAGGCCCCUCCUGGGGAUUUCAGUCCCCCUUGAAGGCCUUAAUUAGAAAUUCUGGCUACAUCACUGCUCAAUUCCAUUGCCAAUGAUGGUGUUAGCAUGAUUAGACAGAGUAGGUUAACAAACUAGUGUGUAUUAUGAGAUAAUCCAUUGAACACCAAUGAUCUAUCCCAACAUAUAAAAUCAUCUGGUGCAGUGGUGGAUCCAGCAAAGUUUUUUUGGGGGGUGCUAACCAAUGGCGAAACGAGCGCCGAAGGCGCGAGAUUUCUAGGGUGGUCCGGGGGCAUACUACCACGGAAAAUUUUUAAAAUUUGGGUCUCUGAAAUGGCAUUUCCAGCAUUCUGAGAAAACAUUCUGGAAAAUUUUUAGAUUCUCAAAACAUUUAAAAAUUCAGAAUAUUUAAUAUUGGCUAUUCCACUAUUGUCAACUAGUGAUACGCAACUGAAUUCCUUAACAUAAGUUGGUUAGAAUUAGGAUAAACAUCAUUUUUGCACCCCCCCCCCCCAUGCACCCCUGUUGACCAGAGCCUGGGGGGGGGGGUGCACACCAGAGUAAAAUAAAAAGUAAGACACAAUGUAUAACUUAAUAGGUAAGGUUAAUGGCCAGAACUAAAUGAUAAACAAUAUUUUAUAAUAAACCCAAAUUAGUUCAGCACCAUUGGUUCUUAUAACACUGUUCAUUCCAAUACUAGAACAUCAGCAAUUAACAAAAGUUGGAGUUUCAUCCGAUGACAUGUAUGCUUCUAACCAUGCUGUCCAUGCAGCUAUCUGACAGUUUUUAAUUUUCAGCAUUGAUUCCCAAAGCCAUUAUUCUCAAGAUUUGCCAAAAAGGUUUUCCAAAUAUUAAAGUACAGAAUUAUAUUACAUCACUCAUCACUGUUCAUUUUACAUUCUUCAAGUAGAUGCAUGUUUACAGUACAGUAUAUCUUGUGCAUUUAUAAUUAAAUCUUGCAAUAUCUUGUUCAAAACCCUCAAAUCCAAGAUAAUCGGCAGCCAGCCAUGUUACCAGUAAGAUUUCUAGUCUGUUAAUUUUGAAAUGACCAAGGUUGUACUCGAAUAUAAAUAUUUAUACUUUAAUUAUUGAAUAGCCCCUGUAUAUCGCUGACAAGGUAUGCUGUUGUCGCGAUAUAAGAUGUUCUUUUGCUCGCCAAAGGGCUAAUUUUACGCAUAAUUGUAUCUCUAAAUUGAUCAUUCCUGACUUUAAAUUCCAAAAGCCACGCGAGAAGCAGUUUAAGACGUCUUUACAAGUCCAAAUAUAUCAUAAAUUGCAACAAAUAAUCCAUUCUCACUCCUUGCGUAAAAAUAUGCCCAGUCAGCGUUUUUAGCUGGAGGUACUGUUUACUUCCGCUUCCGGGGGCACCACUGUUCUAUGGUGUUCCGGUUUGGAUUAUCCCAGGGCUUCUGAGAGCAAUAAGCGCAGAAGCCCUGGGUACGAGGUUGUAAAUUCCCUCUGAAAGCCCUGUAAAUUACUUAACUCAACAUUCUAUCAUUUAAUUAAAAUCUUUGAUUUAUUCAAAACAAUAAAUAAUAGUAAUUUUUACCAACCUUAGCUCCAGGAUAUGAUUAUUCCCUGACCAACCUAUUAAUAUCCGCAAUUCCCGCCAAAACUCUCACGACUGAGUGCAAUUCCCGCCAAAACUUUUACGACUGAGUCAGUACAGGACUGAGUCCAUCGGUACCGUCGCUUGCAGGAUGAACGGUCGUUGAUAAAAACAUUGCCUAUUCGCGUGAGAAUCUUCGAUAUUUGUCAAGAGUACUUGACAGGUUCUGAUCUGAUUUUAACCCGUUGAACAACCAGAUCCAAGCUUUGAAACCACCAAAUGACCAUAAAUGAUCAUCAAAAACAUUGAACUUUCUCGGUAAAAACAUUGAACUUUGUCAUGAGAAUAGACAAUACUUUACUGCGACCGUUCAUCCUUAGUUCAUUCAGUAAAUGAGUCCGCCUUUUACAAAUCGCAGCCCGCGAUUUGUAAAACACGGACUCAGUCCACGUUUUACAAAUCUUAGUUCGCGAUUUGUAAAACACGGACUCAGUCCGUGUUUUCCCGGUCCAGUCCAGUCUCAGUCCUACGUUUUACAAAUCUUAGUUCGCGAUUUGUAAAACACGGACUCAGUCCGUGUUUUCCCGGUCCAGUCCAGUCCAGUCCGGUCCAGUCCAGUCCAGUCCGGUCCAGUCCAGUCCAGUCCGUCUUUUACAACAUGCCCAUUGAAACACUCAAAUUUCUUUUACAACAUGCCCAUUGAAACACUCAAAUUUCAAGAAAAACGCGCUAAAAUUAUCAAUAUUUCAUGCAAAAAAAGCUGUUUUGAGAAACGUUGGAAAUUUUGAAGUUCUAUAUAUAUUCAUAUAUAUAUAUUAAUAAAAAGAGUAUGUCAGCAGAAGAUGACCUAUUCCUCGCGGAAGCAUCGCCAAUAGCCGACCGAAAAAAAUAGUAGAAAAUUACCUUAUGUGUACUCAUAGUGUACUGUAAGAACAAAAUAUCGAUAACUAUGUGUGACGUUUCUAAGGGGGGGUGGGGGGGUCUCCAGAGAAACGAACAUAUGACGUUUCUCAUGGACAAAAUCGAUAUGUGAGGCUUCCCUAACCAAUUCCGAAGCGAUCCAAGCUAUAUCGGAAUCGAUUUCUAACAUAGUACCAGUAAUUCGCCAAUUUCAAGAGUUUAUGGAUAGAAAUAAAAAGAUUCUCGAUGAUGAAUUUCGGACUGAGCCAACAAUUAUAACGAACGAGUCUUUUGAAUAUGCAAAUCGGGAAAACAUCUGAGUAAUGGUAAUAAAGCUAUGUAUGCAGCCCAAUAGUCUGUAGAGCUCAGUAGCUCACUUGGUGUCUUUUAAUUUUCAAGGAAAUUUUGAUACAAAAAUAGAAUUUCAAGGAAGAAAAAAAGAAUAUAUAAGGAAUUUUUGAGAAAUGUUUUGAAGAUUUCUAUAGCAAUCGUUUUGAUAUAAUAUUACUUUCCAUUGCUUUUAAGCACUGUGCGUGUCCACGUGGAAAAGUACAAAACAAGCUCAUCGAUCACUCGAUCAGGAGCAUGUGACCAAGUCAUAUUGAAUUAAACUAAAUAGGCUACCCGCUUUUACAGGCGGAAAUCACUAAAUCAGCAGUGCGAGCGAGCUACCGCAUGUUAUUAAACUAUGAAAUAUUCAUGAAGUAUGUGGACGAAGAUUAUAUCAAUCACUCUACUACUACAGGGUGUAUAAAAAAAAACAGAACAGAUUUGAAAUUGCUUUCAAUUUCGCAAAACAGCUAUUAGUAUCCUGUUUUUGAUAUAUAUGGCUUCUUUGGGUACUUAUAAUGUAGAAUAAUGAAAAAAUUUCGCGAACACAAAUUUUGUAAUUUCGCAAAACAGCUAUUAGUAUCCUGUUUUUGAUAUAUAUGGCUUCUUUGGGUACUUAUAAUGUAGAAUAUUGAACCAGGCUGGGGGUGUCUUUUCCGACAAACUAAAAAUGGCUUGCGCACGCGAUUUAAAAGCUAUAAUCGUAUUUUGAGUUAAUGGAUGAAAAAUCUGUUGGGUGUUUAAUUGCUGCACGAAAUUUCAGAAAUUGGCUUCAGUUUAAGCCCUUCAACUAUCCACGCAAACUUACAUUUUUCCUAAAAAAUCAGCAAAUUAAUGCAUUUGCCCAAUUUGCAUAUGUCAGCAAUAUGCAAAUUAGGUAAAGACAUAAUUAUAAUAAGCAUGCGAAAGACUGAUUUUUAGGAAAAAAUGGAUAGUUAAAGGGCUUAAACUAAAGCAAAUUGUCUGAUAUUUUGUACAGUAAUUAAAAACCCAACAAAUUUUCCAUCCAUUAACUCAAAAUAGUGAUCGAUGGGCUUGUUUUGUACUUUUCCACGUGGACACAGUGCUUAAUUAAAAGCAAUGGAAAGUAAUAUUAUAUCAAAACGAGUUGCUAUAGAAAUCUUCAAAACAUUUCUCAAAAAUUCCUUAGAUAUUCUUUUUUUCUUCCUUGAAACUCUAUUUUUAUGUCAAAAUAUCCUUGAAAAUUAAAAGGGACCAAGUGAGCUACUAAGCUCUACAGUCACAGGAACGCUAUCUCGAAGCAGCACAUAUACAAGCUUUAGAAGUUAUUUUUCCUAUUAGAUGAACCUCAUAAUCAAUAUUUUCAUCAAAAGCCUUCGAUUUUAAAGACUUGAGAACAUUUCGUUUUGUUUUCAGGAAAAUGAAAGAAGUUAGCGCAUGGCCCCGGGCAGAUUAUUGAUUGUCCAUACACAUUACACACCGGACGCGAUUCGACAAUGCGACACGAUUUUUAAGUUUUUGAAAGUUAAUAAAACAGCCAAUGCAUGAGGGCAAAUUUUGAAUGAUAUGUAGACCAAAUAACUCAAAAUGUUACAGCGCUUCUAAAUAUUUGGGAAAUGUAAACUAGGAUCAAAGUUAUGGUUCAGUGAAAAUCGAAAAAUCGCGUUGCGUUGUCCAAUCGCGUCCGGCGUGUAUAGACCUUACUUCUUCGCGUGAUUACAAUGGUGACAGUGGAAUUUAGUUUAUAUUUCAUUGGUCUUUGAGAGCGAGAUGCUUCGCUUCUUUUACGUCAACACAACAAUGGUAUGUGUUGUGGGAAUGGAAGCGAAACAUUUCGCUUCUUGUUGCCCAUUGGCUGUAUGGAAGCGAGAAGUUUCGCUUCUUUUACUAACACAACAAUAGUACAUAUGUAUGUGUUGUGGGAAUGGAAGCGAAACAUUUCGCUUCUUGUUGCCCAUUGGCUGUAUGGAGGCGAGAAGUUUCGCUUCUUUUACUAACACAACAGUAGUACAUAUAUAUGUGUUGCGGGAAUGGAAGCGAAACAUUUCGCUUCUUGUUGCCCAUUGGCUGUAUGGAAGCGAGAAGUUUCGCUUCUUUUACUAACACAGCACUAGUACAUAUAUAUGUGUUGCGGGAAUGGAAGCGAAACAUUUCGCUUCUUGUUGCCCAUUGGCUGUAUGGAAGCGAGAAGUUUCGCUUCUUUUACUAACACAACAGUAGUACAUAUAUAUGUGUUGCGGGAAUGGAAGCGAAACAUUUCGCUUCUUGUUGCCCAUUGGCUGUAUGGAAGCGAGAAGUUUCGCUUCUUUUACUAACACAGCACUAGUACAUAUAUAUGUGUUGCGGGAAUGGAAGCGAAACAUUUCGCUUCUUGUUGCCCAUUGGCUGUAUGGAAGCGAGAAGUUUCGCUUCUUUUACUAACACAACAGUAGUACAUAUGUAUGUGUUGUGGGAAUGGAAGCGAAACAUUUCGCUUCUUGUUGCCCAUUGGCUGUAUGGAAGCGAGAAGGUUCGCUUCUUUUACUAACACAACAAUAGUACAUAUAUAUGUGUUGUGGGAAUGGAAGCGAAACUUUUCGCUUCUUGUUGCCCAUUGGCUGUAUGGAAGCGAGAAGUUUCGCUUCUUUUACUAACACAGCAAUAGUACAUAUAUAUGUGUUGUGGGAAUGGAAGCGAAACUUUUCGCUUCUUGUUGCCCAUUGGCUGUAUGGAAGCGAGAAGUUUCGCUUCUUGUUACCCAUUGGUUACUACAAGCGAAAUGUUUCGCUUUCUCGGACACAAUAUAAGAACGCAUGAGUCGCUUCAAAAAUCACAAUAUAUUAGAAGGAAUUUAUUCGCAUAUUAUGCCGAUUGCCGCUAUCAAAAUAUUCAAAUUAGCCUGCGCUUAGCCAGCCAAAUUCUCCGAUAUAGCUCGUCUGAUGAUCAUGAUGUCGUAUUCCUGCAUAUACUGUACAAAGACGGACCAUCCUUCAAGAUGAUCUGCAUACGCAUGUCUAGAUCUGUGGGAAUUCAAAGUUUGCAGAUUCUUCGUCUUGACAAAUGGUCCACAUGCUUUCCACGUUUAUGUCAGUAACAGAGGUUUAUAUAAUACCUUUCUUUUCUCAUGUUUGUGUCAGACUUUUAAAUACUAAAUAAGCAAUGGUAACGAGUAGAGAUUGCUGUUUAGUUAAAGUUGAGCUAUACUGUAGAACGCGUAUACGGCUUUGGCCGCUUUAGGACUAUUAUACUGUAUUUGUCACCUUUCUUGCCACAUUCAAAUUACAAAUUAGAGAAACAUAUACGACAUCACUGUAAAUUGCAAACGUGGACUAGCAUGAGGAAUUUGUUGCGAAGUAGCGGAAUAGUUUGCUUUAUUUUUUAAAACAAUGAUUGCAAUAAUUAAUUCAUGCAGCAUGUACAGUAUAUACAUAGACCAUACAGUAGUUGUAGCUGACACUGCUGACUAUAUUUUUUGACGUAGCUGUAGCUGCCGUCCUGCCGACUACCGCAAAAUAUUUGUAAUUCACUAUACUCACAACCCCAUUCACAAAGGCUCGCCGCGGUUUCUUAAAUGUUAAGUGUCCUUUUCAUACUCAGGUUGAUAGGAUAUCAUGCAUAAAAACGCACUAUCACUUUGCCAAACUACUGUAUUUUGCCGACUUACGUUUAAUUGUUUUGAUCAUAAAUCAUUAUCGACAAUCGGGCGGCUGUAUAGUUUUGAAUAUUUAAUUUACCUAAAGGCACACGUCUUGUGUUGUGUGACACACUACCUGACAUACACAGUGACAAUACCUCGUCCUUGCUGUCUAUACUGGAGAAAUUUAAAGGAGCACGCAAUCACGAGAGCAGGCCUGAAGGGAAACAAGAAGCACGUGACUACAUUAUAGAAACUUUCAAGAAAUAUGGCUUACAUGUCUGGACGGAGCGGGCGAAGAUUGGAGGCGUAAGUUUGGCUGUUUGUUAGUUACUCUUUCUUUGUGUGAACGAAUGGAUCCGGACAAACUUGGGAACGUAAGAUAAAAUAUUUAUAUUUAUUUUCACUAUAGAAUUUGUUUGCUGAGAAUAUAGUGGGUAUGAUAUCCUCAAACAGAACAGGAACGGCUGAUGAUCAGAUAGUGAUAGUGGGCGCACAUUAUGAUACUACCAAGAUUACUACGGGAAUUGAUGAUAAUGGUUCUGGUGUCACUGCAUUGCUGCAAGUUGCGAAAAAUAUUGGUGAGCAAUAACAUGUGUAUAAUACGGUAUUCAUAUACGCCGAUAUGAGAGCCGUCUUAAUUGAUAUACUCGUUCGUCGACUUGAAAAAAAAGCUAGGGACCUUACGCUACGUAGGACGGCAGUGGGAUGACGAUGGCCAAAACGUCUUCAAAUAUAUGUAUUCUAAAAAAAUCUUGUAUUUUAUCAGUCUGAUGAAUUUAACUUGGGAGGUUGGUAUCUUGAAAUACAGGCGUUGUAGCCUACCAAUACAUAACAAUCUGUUGUUUUCUAUUUUUGGACAGAAUGUCAUUGUAUUUAAUAGCCAUGCUAUUUAAACAAUGAUAUUAUAAUAAUUAUUCUCAAAAGAGAUUGUACGGGAGUGUUAGGCCCUGUUCACAUGAACCCGGGACAGCCUUAUGUCUCGGGGCAAGCAAUUGUCGCGGGACAAAAAUUGUCUCGGCUGCUUAGUAAAAGAAUAGUGCUGUUCACAUGAUAUUUUACUUGUCCCGGGACAAGAAUUGACCGAAUUGAAGAAUUGAAGAGUGCCUCGCCUCUGUAGACAGGGACACUCGCCUAGCCGGGACAACUUUUCCUCAUGUGAACACUUUGCCCCGGGGCAACUUUGUCCUGGGAUAAUUGAAUUUUUGGUAAAACGAUCAAAAUCGCGGCUAUAAUUACAUUUAGAGCACGUUGGACUUCACAAAACUUGUUAUUUGAUUGAAGAUAUCAUUAGAAAUCUAUAACUGAUGAUUCUAAUAAUAUUAAAAUAAAAUUGUCGCUAAUAUCAUGUUUGAAACCAAGAAGUGUAGUAUGUUACUCAAAGAAUUUGAUCUGGUCAAUCAGAAACAAUGAAUUGAGGACAUUUUAUUACGGCUGAUAAUCAACUACGUUCUAUUUGUAAAUAUCAUAACAUAAAAUACGACUUCCGUUUAUCAGAAUGUUUUUUAUUUAGCAAUAUUUCACCGUUUCACGUUGGCGGGAAUAUUUUUAUUAUGAUUCCCGCGUAAUGUAUUUAUAGCCAUGACCCGCGCUAGCUUUGUUCAUGUGAACAGACGAUAUCAGUACCCCGGGUCAAUGACUUGUCGCGGGACAGUUGUUUAUCCCUGGAUCAUGUGAACAGGGCCUAAAGGACGCGCCGUCGUCAAUUUGCGGCCCUGCUACAACCGCUGACGACACUGUGUUUGCGGACAAUGCUAAACCUCCAAGCAAGCUUUCAAAGGUCCGGAUGGCGCUACCCAGUGGAUUGCAAUUUUUCAAGGUUUUUAUGAAUGGAUGAUAUUGGAUGAAAAUUUAUCAAAUACAAAUAUGGACCUAAAAUUAACGGUCAAAUAUAGAAAAGCUUGAGAAGCUCUGUGUAUUCGGUGGUAGCGCAACCAUGUGCUUUAUAAUACUGCCGAUUAAAAUUUGCAAUAUGUACUCUGAAACGUUUGUUGUUUGUCCUUAUGUCCUUCACGCAGGAAAAGCAAGAUGUGAAGUAAAGAACACUAUAUUAUUUGUUGCAUUCGAUUUUGAAGAAUGGACUGAUGAGUGCAAUGACAUAGCGUGUGGUAGCAAUCGUUAUGUGAAAAACAUCACCAGUUACCUUAGCAAAUCAGGGGGCACAAUCAGUGGUGCCAUUAUAUUAGAAACAGUGCUCAAUCAUAAUUCUUCAGCAGGUAUGUGCUCUAAGUUGCAAGAUAAUAAUACGAUACGUAUUUUUUAUUGCCCCAUUGGAGAGAUUCGUCAAAACAAAUUUACGUCACACUUGGCUGAUAUUAAGCCUGGUUCACAUUGAUCGGCGAUGUUCUACGAUCCAUUGUUUGUGUACAACGAAGAAGAAAAUGCACAAAACAUUUUAUGCAUCAAUGACCACCGACAAUGGGCAUCGCCGAUGUUUACGAUCAAUGUGAACCAGGCUUUAGAGAGGCUCAGAUUUGACUACCACUACCGCUACUACUCACAAGCUUAAUACGCAAUUGAUUGGUUAAUCGGAUAGAAUAAAUGCAUCUGAUUGGUCAAUGAUGACGGUAGUGGAAGUCAAAAUCUGAGUCUCUAUAAUACACAACUAAAUACUCAAAUAUGUAUGUGUUUUUAUCCAAGAAAACCAUCUGGAAAAAAUCCAUACGUACGCGCGUUGUGUCCGUAGAAAAACCAUAGUCUAUCAAGAUAUAAUGGGCUGGAAACUAAACAGUUAAAACAGAAGUGAUUGUGUUAUGUUUUUGGUUUAUGUUAAUUGACCAUUUGCGUAAUAGACUAAAUUUUGAUCUAAACAAGUCUAGACAAAAAUUUCAUCACAGCUUGAAAGAGCAUCACAAAAUUAGUAAUAUUCCAAAGUUUCGUUGCGAAAUGUUGUAAAAUGCGGAUAAUAUAGCCUUUCGAAAUUUGCAAUUUUCAGUCAUUUGAGAUUACAAACGGGAAAUUGACAGUCCCGAAGGGUUUGGGGCUGUCAAUUUCCCGUUUAUAAUCUAAAAUGACUCAGUGAAAAUUGCAAAUUUCGAAAGGCUAUAUUAUUCGCAUUUUACAACAUUUCGCAACGAAACUUUGGAAUAUUACUAAUUUUGUGAUGCUCUUUCAAGCUGUGAUGAAAUUUUUGUCUAGAUCAAAAUUUAGUCUAUUCACGCAAGUGGUCAAUUGGUGCUCAGUCGCGCGAUUGCGCUCAUCACCCAGACCUAGUGAUGUCUAGCACCUCACUCCUAGAGAAGUCCAGCAGCAUCCUAAAUACUGCUUUACCAUGUACAUUAUCUGCUUUUCGAAUAGCGAUUAGUGGAACUUUAGUUUACUGUUAGCGAGUGUCAGUUUCUUGAAACAAUGCAAUUGAUUCGUGAGCUCACGAGAAAAUAGUCCGCAGAAUGCUUUAGUUAAAAAUAUCAUGGUUAUACCUAAAAUCUCGGGGUACAGCCAUAUUUUCAAAUAUACUGUACUUUAAAAGCUGAUUUACUGUACUGUGCUGUAGCAACUGUCCAGUCACGCAUACGUGAUAAAAAGCCGAUGUGAAAUUUCUAAACAAAAAGUAUAGUAGGCCUAAAACAGAUAUUUAACUCAUUAUGCAAACUUUGAUGUAAGUGUGUUUGCACUGCACAUCGAGAAAACUGAAUUAUCAUCGAAAAUAUGUUAGAGAAGUUACUUUACAGUUUAGACUGUUUUCAAGUGGCACGAUAAAAAUUGCGCCAUGUCACAGUAAAGGUUCGUUUACACUUGGACUUUUUGCUCCACACCCUUAAUCCUCCUCAUUCAACAUAACGGCCUCCUUUUCACCAUUAUGAAUAUUAAUUAAACUCAAUCCUCCUUAAAAGUCAGGGUUGAACGGUAUCUAUAUUACUACUAUAUUAACGCUACAUUGGAAAUUAUACGAUGGAUAUGGUAAACACUGUAGUUCACUGACAAGCAAUUAUAUAGUGAGACAGUUUUCUCUUCCUGUCGAUUGCACUGAAGGAUUGAAUGCAUGACAUACUAUAAGUACGUAUAGCGCUACCACGGUGAUACCCAUGCAGCUUCUUCCGCGGUAAACUUGGUGGCAAACGAUUGAAUAUUUUUAGAGGGAAUGGAAAAUUUUCGCGCCCAGCUGGGCUCCGAUUUUCAAAAGUUGCCUGCGGAGGAAGCUAUGCAGUACUAUCCUUGUCUUUUUCUACUCACGCACAUGCGUCAUGGGAAAAAAAGCACUAUGAAAUUAACAGUGUGAAAUAUACAACGACAAAUAUCCAAUGAAACAUUUCUUGAGCAAUAUGUAUAGCUAUAAAUCUCACACUUUUUCCCUUUAGCUAGGCAGAAGGAAUGGAUAUUUUUCUUUCAUUUUCACUAGAUUCUGAGAAAUUACCAAAUGGUUUUGACAAGCUUUUACCUGACGUUUAUAACGAAGUCAAGAAUGACUCUAUGCGAGGAAAUUUUCUGGCGGUAACUGGAAGGAAAGAGUCGGAUAAAAAACUUAUUUCUUUAAUUGCAAAGCAUUUUUUGAAAGGUAUAUAUAAUCACUCAUAAAUGUAUGGCCAUGCAUGAUUAGGUGAUGCAAAGGCUAGUACAGAAUUGGAAAAUAAUUCUCUCACAAAAACAUUUACGAGUUGCAUUAUAGUUCCAUGACGUUUCCAAACGCUGAAUCUAUUCUAAUUUUUAUGAGACCUCAAGGUGCGAUAUAUUUCAACAUUUUUAGUUGUUCCUCUGCACUGGUAUCCCAAUGACUAAAAACCUCGCGGUACAAACUGACAUUCGAUGUGGAACUAGUCGUUAUCAUAUAAAGUGUAUACAUGCAUGCAAAGCUAAAUAUCGAUAUUUAACGUGACACUACGUCAAUUGUGUGCGUUUGUAAAUGCAAUAGAUGAUUCCCCUGAAUUACUACGUUUUCGUAGCGCUUUGCAUUGUGGUUAUAGUGGUAUUACUGAUAAAGAUAGCAGCCUCGAAUUAUUAAAGCGAAUGUCUACUUUUAAAGCUGAUGAAGUUGCUAUCUUUAGUCAAGAUUUUGGUGUUUUUUCUGUAAAAAUUAGUAACAGAACUUUAGGCAGAACUUUUCAGUUUCAGUUAUUUUGCUCGCUUUAAUAUAAUAUAUUAGAUUGACAAAGUUAUUGAAUCUAGUUCUAGUAUAUAUACCUGAAUCUUACUUUAAAUCUUGUAAUACAACAAAAUAUAAUAGGGAUAUAUUUUUUCGGGACACAGUGUAUGUAGGAUUGUGCUCUCGUUGCUAACUUCCAACUUUUCAAUUGCUUGUCACCCACAUGAUAGUUGUUCAUGAUUUACCUAUAGCAUACAGUAUUCUUCCAGACGUUUCACCGUAACACACCUAUUGACUCCUAUAAAUAUCGUUUAAACAGAUUCAAAUUAUCGUACGCAGUUAAUAAAGGUUCCUAUCAAAGGACGGCCAAGUUCAUUUCCGGGUUCCGAAUACUAUAACGAUCUGUAUCGCAGUGAUCACUACUCAUUCUGGGAAGCAAAUGCUUCGUACAGUGCCCUGAUGUUGACAGAUACAGCAGACUUCAGAGGUUACAUGCAGCGAUGUUAUCACAAAGAAUGCGAUAAUCUCAGUCAUGUUAAGGAAGAUGAUCUGGAGUUCUUACGAAGAUCAAUCAAUGCUGUCAUUAAAACCGUUCUAGAUCUCAGCGAAGUAGGUAAGUUGAAGGAUGUGUAAACAAUAAAACUAAAGUCCAGCCGCAUGUUAACUGCCACAAUUUUUCACUUUGAUGAUAAAACGCCCAGCAUAAAUUAAAAUGUCUCAAUUCAUUUCUAAAGUAGUUGCAAGUGCUAAUGCAUGUCGUAUUUUGUAAAUAAUUAAAAUAUUAUAUAAAUUAAUUAAGUAAAUGGAAUGAUAAGAAAUAUUCCCCGAGCCGACGGCGCGAAGCGCCGUGCGAGGGUACUAAUUCCCCCCCCCCCCCGGCUAUUUACACCCGGGGAAACGAAAGCAUUAGCGAAAUCUAAAGUUCAUCAAUUAUCGCGGACGCUCACCAACGAUGUUGGGGUGUUGGGUGGGUGGUCAUCCUCACUGUUCUCAAAAUAUGGCGGACUGUCAUGAAUAGCCGACACUGAUUGGUCCAAUUUAAAGUUUGCAUUAUAGCAAACGAAAGCAGAGAAAUAGCAAACAAUUCUUGAUUUGAUGAUUGAUAAAUUUCUUGCAAAUAUAUUUCAUUUUUGCUCGCAUUCUGCAAGAUUUUGUAAAUUUCAAAAGCUUUCUCAUAAAGAAAGGGCGAAAGAAUCGGCUAUUAGAAGGGAGCCGACGUUAACGAAGGUAAGCUUGUUUUAAAUAUUGAUUUUAUAAUUGCUUUAAAACCCGACGGCCUUUGGCCUUUUGCGUAUAUGAAACAACUAAACAAGACAGCAUAUAAUUUCAGUGUAUUAUUAAUAUUGAUCCAUUUUUUAUUAUAUUGAAUUUUUUAAAUAAAAAAGAAAGCGAAGUUAUUUGCAUACAAGAAUUUGACAAAUAGAGACCUCUGCCAGCAGGGAAAGUUUAUCGAUAAAGCCAUUUAAUUAAAGGCAGUUUUAAUGUACUAUUUAAAAAACGAGCAGGAGUGUUUUAUUAGGUUUAAAGCCACGAGCGCGCAGCGCGAGUGGCUUUAGACCCAAUAAAACACGACCUGCGAAUUUUCUAAAUGGCUUCAAAAACGUUUGCAUAAUAAGUUAAAUCUUUAUAUACACGACCUGCGAAUUUUCUAAAUGGCUUCAAAAACGUUUGCAUAAUAAGCUGAAAUCUUUAUAUAAAAAUCUUUAUAUAAAAAUCUUUAUAUAAAAAUCUCUAUAUAGUUUGCAUAACAAUGGUCUUUUGUUAAAGUGUUCUUUAGCUGGUAUAAAGACGUAUUUGCAUAACAAUGGUCUUUUGUUAAAGUGUUCUUUAGCUGGUAUAAAGACGUAUGCACGUGACUAAUUUCUUACUCAAGAUUGGAUAUUUAAUUGCUUCAUGAAUUAUUAAUGAGUUUUUGAAAGUUUUAUAAAGAACACUUUAAAACGUUUUGCGAAACGUUUGUGGUUGAAUUUACCUUAAAUUGAAGCUUAUAUUACGUAUAACAACAUUCCUAACAUAUAUAUGUUGGGAAAUUGAUAAUUUUGUAAUUAAAAGUGAUAUUUUUAGGCGAUUUUUUAUUUGUAAGAAUAGUCUUAAAAAAUUAUCGUGUUACCAUGACAACUACUUUAGAUAUUUCAUGUUCGGAAAAUACAAUGGUUUUGUCAGCAAGGCGAGGGUUUCUGCAUACAUGUAUUUUCUAGUUUUACAAUAUUUUCGAACCCUUCAUUUACGUUAAAUUUCUGCUUUUUCAAAACAGAAUACAAAAUUCCGGAAUAUCACUUUAGAAUGUCAAAAUAUUCUAAAUAUUUAUUGUUUCUUCAUUAACAUAUUCUAUUCUAUAAUUCCACAAAGUAAGAAGUAAGAAAGACCCACAGAAUUUACUUACAUCACACUUAAUCUUGUUACAAUCAAUGUUAUUCUUAUCAAUUAAAAGUACGGGUUAUGAGUCAAAGAUCAGUUCAUAAUGUGAACUCUAAACAGGUCCUGGCCACUCACAUCGACAAUACUUUGACUGAACACCAUUUUGUGCGGGAAUACCACGCAUCAAGUAACGACAUCGAAGCUCUCUGAGACGACCUUGAGCAUCUGCUACGUCAGUCGUGUUGAUGGAACUCCACAAUCUUUCAGAGAUAGCUAAGGAUCUUGGCCAGCUUCUUGAGAGAAGGUUUGUUCCAUCCACCCACUCACCCCACAUACACGUUGUUCCACCAAGUACAAGCUUCUUCUGUGCACUUGUUCCAUGAAAUGCAGUCGGUUCAACACUAUAAUAUUUUGGCCAAUCAUCACCAUAUGAAAUGUAAUUCAAGUACCAUGGUGAAGAACGUACAACGUUCAAGUUCUUUGCUGUAACUUUAGCCAUUUCAUCUUGCCAACCACUUUUCCAAACAUUAACCACGGUAUCAGAUUUCACAGUCACUUCAUUAUCAAUCACUUCUUGCCAAAUGAUAUAUUUCUUAUUCAAACCACCAACAAUAUCAAUUAACUUUUGUUCAUAAUACUGUUCAAGAAGUGAGAAAUUCUUGCCAAAUCCCAUUUUGUCCAUCCAAGCCAGUACAUCAGGAUUGCUCUCCCAGCAACUGAACGACACUUCAUCUCCGCCCAAGUGAAUGUAGUCAUCGAAGAAACGAUUGCCUAUUUCUUCAAAGAAUGAUUUAAGGAAGGUGUAAGUGGAAUUUAAUGUGGGGUUGAUAGGACCAUAAGUUCCAGUUGGUUUUCCACCAGAAUAACAUGGUGUAAGAAGAUCUUUGAUGCUGACCCAUGACUGCGUGUGUCCAGGUGUGUCAAACUCAGGUACUACACGAAUACCACGCAUUCGACCAUACUCAAUAACUGCAGCCACAUCAUCUAAUUUAUAAAUAUGCGUGACGUUGUUAUAAGCACCGACAUUGCUGAGUGAGGGAAAUUUUUCACUCACAAAUGGAAAUGAUUGAUCAUCAACAAUAUGCCAGUGCAAAAUAUUAUACUUAGCAUAUGCCAAUGCAUCAAUAUGACUUAAUAUCACACUGACAUGUAUAAAAUGUCUGGAUGUAUCGAUAAGAAAACCGCGGUAAUGAAAUCGAGGGAAGGCAUUAAUUUUGCCUUCUCGAGCCAGGUAAUCUAAUAAUAACAUUUAAUAUCCAUCUUUGGUUAAAAAAGUACAAUGGAUUUACAAGAAGUGCUAAGGUUAAAAUUGAUAAUGGUUAAAAAAGUACAAUGGAUUUACAAAAAGUGCUAAGGUUAAAAUUGAUAAGAAAUUUUACUAUUAUUUACAUCAAUGUUGCUAAAAAUGUUUAUACUAGUUAUAUAUUCUAUAAAAUUAAUUUAGGACUGUUUUAAAAGGGAUAUAGCUCUAGGUAUAAAGGAUUGCCUGUGUCUUUUAGUAUACGAUACAACAUAUGGUAGAUUAUUUGUUGUUCUUAGAUCGUGUUCAUGGGUAUAAGGUUGGGGGAUAAGUUUAUUACAUGGGUUGGUCGGAUCACUUAGAAUUCUUUGGUAUUCCUUAAUAGUUAGGUGUGCCCUUCUUUGUUCUAGCGUUUCAAAGUUGCACCGAGAUGUGCCGAGGAUUUUGAUGCAUCUGUUUUGAAUGCUCUCUAUUUCAUCAAUGAGAUAUUGUGGUAAACCACCCCAUAUCGGAGCUGCAUAUUCUAAAACAGGUCUAAUCUUGGAUUCAUAACAUGUAAUGCCGACCUCAGGAGGAAGAUUCGCCCUACGGCAUUCUCUCAGACUAAACAUUCGUUUAUUUGCUUUCCUUACAAUGUUCUUAACAUGACAGUUCCAUUUCAAAUUGUUUUGAUGCCAGACACCCAACAGUUUAUGAGAAUUUACUCUUUCCACUACCUCGUUUCCAAUGACCAAUGGUUCUGGUGCCGGUAUUGCUGUGUUAAAACAUAUCCACAUAUCUUUUGUUUUCUUCGAAUUUAUCGUCAUUUUGUUCCUAUUAGACCAUUCUUGUACUGCUUCAAGGGCCUCCUGCAUAUGGCUGGAUGAACCUUGUGACACCACUUCGUCCUGUGUACAAUCAUCCGCGUAUUUGCAUAUGUUUAUGGAUAAUCCAUUUGGGAUUGAGUUCUCAAUAUCGUUAAUGUGAAUAUUAAAAAGAGCGGGGGACAUCACAGAACCUUGUGGGACUCCUGCAGGACAAGGUUUGACCGAUGAUAGGGUUCCUGCUAGUUUGACCUGUUGUCUUCUAUCUUCCAGAAAACUACGCGUCCAUAGCCAAAAGGCUUUGGUUACAUUCAUUUCUGCGAGCUUACGAAGUAGAAUUCCGUGGUCAACAAGGUCAAACGCUUUGCGAAAAUCUAUGAAUAGUGCAUGAACUCCAUUUUUGGCGCUAUGAGUAUUGUCGGUCACAUUAAACCAGUUCUGCGAGAUGUUGGUGAGUGCGGACACGGUUGAUCGUUUGCUUGUAAAGGCAUGCUGAUUAUCAUUUAUACGUGAACUGGGAAGGUUCAGUUUGAGCUGCAGCUUUUCCAGCACUUUAGCCAUUUGGGGAAGAAUGGAUAUCUGGCGAAAGUCAUUCUCUAUAUCUCUUGGUGGAUUGACCUUCGGAACUGGGAUAACUAAGGCGUGUUUAUACGCAGUUGGAUAUUCACAUUCUUUUAUACUGGCGCAAAUAAUGUCAUGAACGAUGGGCGCUAGUUCUUCACAGUAUCGUUUAAGCACCCAUGCUGGAAUCCCAUCGGACCCGGUGGCUUUUUUAGAGUUUAGUUGUUUCAAGGCAGUCUUAACCUGUCCAAUUGAGGGAGUAGGAGGAUUUUCUUGCCUCAGUGAUGACGCUACGUCUUCAAGACUAGGGAUUAUGGUUUCAGGAAGUUUUGACCAUGGUUUAGUAAAUAUAUUCUGCAGUAUUUCCACUGUAUCGGGAGUGCUGUCUGAGAUUAAGUUGUUGUUUAGAUUGUCACCUUCAAAGCCAGCUAACUGGGAUAUCGUUCUAUGCCAUUUUGCUGCAUCGUGUUUGCGUUUGCUUUUGACCUUAGAUGAAUAAAAUUCUGCUUUAGCUUUCUUGAUAAGUGUAAUGAUCUUAUCAGCCAAUUGUCUAUAUUUGGUCAUGUUCCGAGUAGUAUAGGCUUUUUGCCUCGCUUUAAUCUCUUUUUUGAUAUAAGCCGUCAUCCAUGGCUUGUCAGACGCAUGGGUACGUAUCGUGGUUACAGGUAUUGUUUUAUCUAAUAUGUCUAUCAUAGUAUUUGUAAAAAGACUAACUUUGUUAUUGAUAUCUCGAGCCUCAAAUAUUGAUUUCCAGUCCUCAAGGUUUAAUUUUAAGCCGAGUGCAUUUAGGUUACAUGGUUUCGUUAGGCGCACUUUUCGAGUAGAAGGCUUCACGGUUUGUAUUGUUCUGGGACUAUACAACAAACAUUGAUGGUCAGAGCGACCAACUGGAGGCAGGUGCACCACUUCUUUAUAUAAAUCUGACAUGUUCGUUAGUAUUUGGUCUAAAACUCUGGUGCCUCUUGUCGGUGCUUUUACAGACUUCUUCAAGUUAAAUCUUCUGCAUAGUCUACUCAGCUUCAUUUGAUUGAAGUCUCCCAUUAUGCAUACACCAGCAGACGGGUAAUCUCGUAAGACAGAAUCAAGUCCCCUAGUAAUAUACUCAAUCAGUUCUCUUUCACUUUCUGCCGACUGCCCUGGGGGGAAGUAAACGCCAACUGCCACUAUAACGCUAAAAGGCCUAGGGGUUCUGGGGGGUUUAAGAAGCAGCCAUAGGACCUCUCUGUUAUCUUCUUCUAAAUUUUUUGCCAUAUUCAUCUUGGUAUACAAGUUGACUAAAUGUUUCAAGUCCUCGCAAAGCUCCCCAAGUUGUGUUCUCGGUUAAACUUGAUGCUAGAGCACUCACUGUUAGUGCAUAUGAUUCAUCACUUUCAAAUGUCAUAGGUGCAUACUUUUUUUUCACUGUAAUUUCCAAGGACGUCAGCGCAGAUAGAUCACGGCGAAAUCUGAGCACAUUCGAGUGAAUCUUGUCAGGAAAUGUAAGACCACGAUAUCUUUCCAUUGCAGCUGUUAAAACAUCACUUCCCUCGCCUGUUGAUGUGAAUUUAAAUGUGCCUGGACUCAACGAGAAUGUUUCUUCACCAACCGUAUGUUGUUGUGGUUUGGGCAAGAUAGAGCCACUUACAUAACCAUCAGGACCUAAAUGCACAUUCUGUCUGCCACAGUUCACUGCAUUUUCGUGCGGCGAGGAAGGGUCCGAAGGAUUGCACUGUUGCGGUACUUCGACAGCUUCACAACCAAGUAUGAAAGCACAUUAAUGACUAGCACAGUGUGUGAUUAUGACCAUAUCAUUUUUCGGUGUCAACCGAAAUUUAUGACCUUUGCGAAAUGUCUGACAAAGCGUGACAUAAACCACUUCGCACGUAUAUACUCGAUCGAACACCGCCCCCGAAUGAGCGUCCCGUCCCUCCUCGACAUAAUAUUUUUUUAAAGCUCCGCUCCCGAAUGUGCGCCGCACUAAUUAAUUUCAAAUGCGGCGCUUAAUCAAAUCCCUUUCAAUGCGACGAAUUUACAUCUUCUGAUGUCGAGAAAGCAUGUCCAACAAUGGUUACUAUGCAGCAGUUGGACUCGGAUCAUGAAGAGGACAGUGACAUUGACUCUUUGUAAACUUGUAAACAGUGUAAAAACUUUCCUCCGUCAAAAUGGGGAGAUUUGGCGACAAAGAAUUUAAAGAAUUUAAAUUUUAAUUUAAGUAAAAGAUUUUUUAAAGAGCGCCGCCCCCAAUUGAGCGCCGCCCCUGAAUGAGUGCCGCAUCUGAAACUCUGAUAAUUUAAAGAGCGCCGCGGCGCUCAAACGAGUAAAUACGGUAGUCGCUCAAGUCUAACAACGCAAGUUUUUUACUAAAUUUUCAGACAAAAUUUAAGACGAGACACUGUGCCUGUGACAUUUUUUAUUAUCCUUUUUGGAAAACAUUUCAAAAGCCAAUAUAAUCAGGCCUUGAUCUCAAACUGCGAAAAAGUUCAAAUACAUUAUAUAAAAUACAAACAUAUGCAAGAGAGAAAUUUCUGUCACUAGCAUUCAUUCAGUGACGAAACAUCUUCAAAGAGUCUAUCAUGCCGAACUGUUUUAUUUUUUCGAUGCUUAAAUAAAACCGGAACUAUUACUUAAUUAAUUUACGUUAGUCCAUUCCCCCCCCCCCCCCCCCUCCCCACACACACACACACACACAUUAUAGGGACUAAAGCGAGCGUUACGUCCGGUGAAUGUUUAAUGAGAUAUCCACUAUACCGAAACAUGCCUAUAAACACGCAUUGGUAGCAAUUUUGUAUCGAGUAUUGUUUGCUCCGGAUUUCUUUUUAACUUUCGCCUUCAGACAUUGUUGACAUUUUCGAAACUUUCGGCUGCCUAGUCCCGUGUGGUGGCACAUAACUUGAAUUUUUUUGGUGUGACGCAUAGAAAUUUUUAAAGGAGUAUUCGCAGUUUUCUAACAACCUUUCCAUUGUCUUUAUGUGAUGAUCUUCUUUCUCCACUUCAGAUAACGCCUUUCCAAACUGGCAAUCGAUACCAUUGACAGCCAAUCUCCCGAAUUCCAUGAUAAAAUUCGUGAUAGUUGCGCGAUUUUCGAUAUUACACGGAUAUUUUCGCUCAGUCACUAUUAUCGUAUCGGCCGAUAGGCGGUAGAACUGACGAUAUACUAUAAAAACAAUUAUUGGAUGAGGCUGAGCAUGAUAUCAAGAAUUAUUCAGACCGAAGUUAAAUGCAUGUUAUCUACCGAAGCGAAGCUGAGGCGGAUAUAACAUUGACCGAGGUCUGAAUAAUUCUUGAUGUCAUGCGAAAGCCGAAUUCAAUAAUUGUUUUAUUAUACAUUUAAAGACACCAGAAACGUAUAAAAAAAUUAAACGAAGUUUAUUAAUGUUUCAAGUAUAUUUAUUUUAUUUUCGCGCGCUUUUGGGUUUGAGUUGUUAGCAAUAGCCGCGCCGGGGAUUGGGGAUUGGGCACGACAGCGUCCAAUAAUUUUUUGGAUGCACGUUUUUAACGCUGAGCACGUCGGCAGCUGAGGUUUCGUGAUAAGUACCGAAUACUGAGAAUUAUCCGGUGCUCUCUGACCAAUUAGGAACGAAAUCGUGAUAUUGUUUCGCAUGUGUAAAUAUAGUCGUUUUAUUGCAUAUGGUUUUUUAAAACCGAAAAAGUCUUUUUAGUUUCUUUACUCUUUAGUUGGAAGAAUUGAAUCCAUUUUCUGAAAGACUAUUUAUUUCUAAGAUUUAUUUCUAACUUUUCUAAGGUAAUAUCGUGACAAUAAUUUUAAUCUUCGCUUGGGCUCGUCUAGUCUGCAUGUGGGAUUUCUCUCCCUCAUACCACCAUUUUCGAGCUUCCGUGAAGCGUGCAUUUAUAACUACGGUUCAAAACGUUUCUUCAGCAUGAGUUUGUCAAUCACAACUUUUUGUUUUGCAAUAAUAACUUUUGUGGGCGUGGUGUCAAGCACAUUGUUUUGCACGCGAAAACUUAAUAACUUUUGUGGGCGUGGUGUCAAGCACAUUGUUUUGCACGCGAAAACUUCUUAUUUUUCACACGGACUGACUUUAUACUGACAAAAUUGCUAUAGAAAUCGAAAUAACAGAUUUAUAGCACCUUCUGAUUAUGUUUACGUAACAAACCUCUGUAAUACAAGUGUCCUUUUGAGUUUUGACGCCGAAAUUCAAAGUUUCGCGUGCAAAACAAUAUGUUUUAUACCACGCCCACAGAAGUUAUUAUGUCAAAACAAAAUGUUUUAGGAGCGAAAUAAAAUGUUUUGAAUGACAAACUCAUGCUGAAGAAACGUUUUAAAGCUAGUUGUAAAUGCACGCUUCACGGAAGCUCGAAUAUGGUAGUAAAUCGCCGUCUUCAUGACUGACAUCUAGUUGCCCCUAGCCUCAAUAUUGAAAAAUAAUAAUAAUCCUCAAUAUUGAAAAAUCCUCAAAAUCUUCAAAAAAUCAAGUGGCUGCUACGCAGGCUAAGUUGCCCCGAUUACGCAUCAUCUGAAUCAUUCUCUUCUAUGAUGGCAUAAUCUGAUUCGAAUUCAUCCUCGUUUUCCUCUGAAUUCCCUUCCACACCAGUACUACCAAUGCACUAGUAUCAGUGGUGCCUAAAUUACUUUGAAUUUGUACUCAAGUAAAAGUAGAAGUAAUUAACAAUAAAACGACUUGAGUAAGAGUAAAAAGUACUGGAGGCAAAACGUACUUAAGUAAAAAGUGCAAAGUAUCCUUAAAAAAUACUUGAAGUACAAAGUAAAAGUAAAAGUACUAUUGUCUGUAGCGUGUAAGGGGGGGGGGACUACUCCAAUGGAUUGAAAUACAAAAGACACAAAACGGCACACGCAUUAUAUGCGUGCACCAUAAUAUAUAAUAUUUCACGGCAUGAUUUACUUUCCAAACCCCGUUGAAGAUAUAAGAAAUCCAUUAAAUAAAUAAUGCUUGCAUGUAAGUAACCCACAAACGAGAGAUCCCAGACGCAUGUAGAGGUCCUAUUACCUAUCCCAAAAUUAGAAUAAAUCGGGAUAAAUCACAUAAAAUUAAACAAAUGUGAGAAAGUAACGAAAUACUUCGCCACAAAAUGAAAAUAACGAAGUAAAACGUUACUUCUUAAAAUGACUUCGUUCCAAGUAAAAGUACUCCACAAAAAGUUUACUUUGUUACAUGCUCACUUCUCAAAAAUAGUACUCAAGUACAGUAACGAAGUACAUUUACUUCGUUACUUGACACCACUGACUAGUAUCGUACGUGCAUGUUGUUGCUCCAAUUGUCCAUCAUCUGAGUCACUCCUUUUUUCGAUUACAUCAUCUGAUUCAUUAUCGUAUCGUUUUUAUCAGAGCCACUAUUUUCCACAUCAGUGUCAAGUGCAUACCAGUAUGGCUUUGGCUCGAGAGGAAUGGUAGGAGAUGGUGUUAAAAAAGGGCAUAGGGGACCUCUGGUGAACCGAUAAUCCUCCGCAAGGAAUCUUCCGUAUGACUUUGUACAGGUUGCUUUAGCGAGGUUGAGGCUCCCACAAGGAUUUUCGUAGAUGUAAUUAUCAAAUUCUGAAGUUUAUUUUGCAACCAAUCUUGAUCUUGGAGCUGGUUGGAUAGUAUAUUUUGAAACGCUUGAAAUUGAUGAAAUUCAUUGCAAUAAGGUGCAUUUUUUCAUCUGGUGUUGUUAACUGAGGCGAAUGCAUGAUAUUCUCCAUUUGUUGUUGCGUGUUGUACAUGGCGUUAAGAAUGGAAGGUUGUCCAUAUGAUUGCUUUUGGAUAUAUUCGUUGACUCGUACCAAUAUAGAAAUCUGUUGCUUGUCCCAAGCAGAUUUGAAGAAUUCUAUAUAGUGAGUAUUCAGACUAAUGUUUCUGGUUUCUUUGCCUUGAUGGAAUAUAUUUUGAACACUAUAUAAUUAUUACAGACAAAUUUCGGAUCAGGUUACAUUGAGAUAGAUCAAGAAAAUAAUCAGAGUCAAUUGCGGAGGGUGUACUUCCUAAAAUUCAAUAUCAUGUAUAGGUGGAUGGUUGUCUUGGCAUUCUCCUGAAGCGUUUUCACCAAUACAGUAUUGUAACUCUGUGCGCAACCACUGCCGAUCCGUUGACGUGAGCGACUGGAUUGGUGAAAGUACUUUCCUCAUGUACGUUCUUUUUAUGGCGUUGCAUCUUGAAUGUCGAAUAUUGUUUCACGCCAAUAUCACAGAUAUGAGACAUAUUAGACAAGACGUUUUAGUAAAGAUCAAAAGAAAACUGUUCCUUUCAACAGAUAUUCACAUUAUUUAUAUAUUUCCUCCUCCUCCUUUUCUUCUCCUCCAACUUUUCUCCUCCACUUUUUCUUCUACUUCUCCUCCUCUUCACUCUCUUCUCUUCUUCCUCCUCUUCUUCUCCUCUUCACGGCCUUCUCUUCCUCAUCUUCUCUUCCUCAUCUUCUCUUCCUCCUCUCCUCUUCUAUCCAUUCUCCUCGUGGGGAAAAUGAAGUUUUGCAAUCAAGCCUAAACAAAUAUAUCCAAAAAGCAAUCAUACGUCAACUUCCCAUUCUUAACGCUAUGUACAACACGCAACAACAACAUGAAGACGAGCCAAGGCAAAGAUUAAAAUUAUUGUUACGAUUACACCUUAGAAAAGUUAGAAAUAAACCUUACUAAAUUUGUAUAUACGUUUAAAACGAAAUAUCCGUGAGUUUAUUUAAUCCGUCGCGGUUUCGCUAUAUAAUAUUAGGCCUACCUUCAGUUUCACUCCGUUUGCUGAGUGCGUGAGCUUGUCCGUGAGUCACAGCGUGAUCAGCCACACUCGUCAGACUCGCUCGGCCAAUCAGAACGUAGCGGCAUCCCUUUGAUGCGCUAUAGUGUGUGUGUGUGUGUGUGUGUGUGUGUGUGUGUGUGUGUGUGUGUGUGAGGGGGGGGGUGUCAUCUGCUAAUGUUUCAAAUUUAAACAAAUUGCUCUUUCCACAUAAUAUAUUGACUUUUUACAUUUUCGUCAUUUAGCAAUAUUGCCUAACUUUUCGAUAGAAAUAUAAAAACAAAUCUCUUUGGUGUGAAAUUUGUAAUGAACAACUAUCUUACUAUUUCUAAAGGUUAUUUUACUAUAAUCAAGGCUUAGCACAGAAGAUUUGGCAGGAUCUUACAUCUCACGCCACCUUCCUUAGUGCAUGGAGUUACACUUUUGCAUGUAAAAGUUGGGAAAGCAUGUUGGGUUUAUUAGAUUAAAUUUUGAAACAAAUCAUUUUUCUUUUUGUUGAUAAGAUUCCUGCAAGUCGGCUGAUGUCAACUUUGGUGGUAUGAGUGUCACAUUCAAUUGGUUUGUGAUAUUGGUGAUGCUACUUGGAACAUUUCUGUUGUAACUCAACGAGAGCUAGGAUAUACUUGCUUCAAACUUUCUUUUCACUUUAGAUUUUAAAACAAAUUAAUAUUUGUCAUUUUUGUUAGCGUUUGUUAGCAAACUAUACCAAUAAAAAUAUAUCUGAAAUAUAUAUUAUAUAGAUCUCAAAAUUCCAUAAAUCUGAGAUAAAGUUUCGCCUGUUUUAAAAUGUUUUAACCAAUCUGUUUUCACUGUGAAAUAGAUGUUUCAGGGGUGGAUCUUAGGAGUCGGGGAGAGACCGGAGUAGGUUACAGCGUUCAAGUGUAUUUGUUAUUGCAAUGCUUUCGAUCUCCGGAUCGUAAUCAGCAUUAUAUAUUAUUAUUAGCAGUAUCAUGAAAACCAAACAUGAGAUCGAAAGAUUUGCAAUAGCAACAUUACAUGGUGUUUUCACAAACCAAGCCAAACAUUAUCGCCAAGAAAAGUAACAAGAACUUAAUUAUAAUGCCCAUUCCUGGGGAUUUGUUUGGCAUCUCUUGAGGUCAGGCAUUUUUCUGUAGGUCCUUCUAGGGGUGUCAGGAAUUUGUUGUAGAGGCUACAAUAAAUCUUUUUACGGUAUUUUAUCUGUCUCGUCCUCAGGCGCUAUAAAACGAUUUCGCAUACGAGUCACUAUAUAAACAGUUUACAUGAAGUAGUGCGUCAUUAUAGGCGCGCAAAGGCGUUCUGCUUAGCUCGUUCUGAUUGGCUCCUCAAUUUUCGCUGCCUCAAGCCCAGAAACCCCUGCGCUUGUUCGUCGCGAUGUACUACUUCAUGUAAAACUUUUAUAUAGUGACCCGUAUGUGAAUUUUUGUAUUAGCGCCUGGGAAUGAGGCAGGUGUUUUAUUAUGAAUAUAGAUGUUCAUGAUUCAUCAAUAAAAUGUUACUCUGAUACGUUCUUCUGAUUUAUAUUAAAUAUAGAUGAACUGGAC